AUGCCUAAGCGCAGGGCCACAGAAAUUUCAACAAAUGUUGAAUCCGAAUCGGAUUCAGAUGAAAAUGAUGAAUGUACCAUCAUACCAAAUCCUGAUGACUCUGGCUCUGAUGGAGACUCCUCGUCGGAUGACGAGAAUGAGGCCUUGGAAUAUUCCAUACCAAAUGUUUCAUAUAGAUCUACUUUUCAUAAUUACUCAGAAUCUGAAAAACAAUUGGAACCAGAUCACGUUUUUUCUUGGAAGGCCGGGGAAAAAGUUCGCUCUGGUAAUGUAGAUGAUCAAAUCUUUCUGACAGAUGCAACAAGGAAAAAAAUAUCAUCUAUGACACCUGUGGAAAUAUUCGAAAUGUUUUUCUCCAGAGAAAUAAAAGACUAUAUCAUUGAAGCUAGCCGAGAAAAUGGCUUAGAAAUAUCCAUACAAGAACUCAACACUUUUAUCGGUAUAUUAGUGCUGUCAUCAUACAAUAUCCGAAGUAAUCAAUCAGAGUAUUGGGAAACUGACCCUCUUGUAAAAUGUUCUCCUGUAGCUUCAGCCAUGAGCCGUAAUAGAUUUUGUGAAAUCAAAUCACAAAUAAAAUUUUCAAAAACUCAAGAUAGAAAUGAUAAAGAUAAGGCAUGGAGAGUGCGUCAAUUAUUAAAUUUAUUCAGGAAAAACAUUCAACAAUUUGGUUUUUUCUCAACAGUUCUUUCAGUUGAUGAAAUGAUGGUUCGAUUUUUUGGUCGUACCAGCCUAAAACAGUAUCUGCCUUGUAAACCUGAUAGAUACGGGAUAAAGCUCUGGGGUUUAUGUGCAGCCAAUGGAUAUCUUUUCAAUGUAGAUGUUUAUUGUGGCAAAAAUGAUACAAGUAUUGGAAUAAAGUUAAUGGCAUGUGCACUUGGCUCGAGAGUUGUCGUGCAACUGAUCAAUCCCCUUCUGAAUGGCCUGUCAAUAAGAAAGUUAUCUGAUUAUCAUAUCUACUUUGAUAAUUUUUUUACCAGCCCAGACUUACUCAUUCAUCUGAAUAAAUAUGGUUUACGAUCAACAGGAACUGUUCGUAAGGAUAGAGUGAAAGAAAAACAUGAAUUUGAAAAAAAAGAUCCGCGAGGAUCGUACAAAGUAAGUCAUGAUAGCAACAGUGGUAUGAAUUUUAUCAGUGUCAUAGACUCAAAACAAGUCUCUAUUCUUUCCACAGCUGUUGGUGUCACUCCCAUAACACCCGUGAAAAGAUUUUCACGAACUGCUCAAGAGAGAGUAGAACUAGGAUUUCCUCAUGCUUUUUCUUUGUACAACAAAUACAUGGGAGGGGUAGAUUUACAUGAUUUCCGUUGUAAAAAAGCUUCUCCAUCUAUCAGUUCGAAGAAAUAG